AUGUCUGCCAUACGAUCUGAACAACCUUGCCCCGAGCCCUCUGCACUCAGCAAGCUCAUAGAAGCUGCCGAUGCAUCUGGUAACCCUUUCUCUGCAACCACCCUCCAGACCCUGCACAAUCUCCAACACCAGCACCUCUGGACCUCUUUACAAAUCCACGACAUCUCCACGGCCUUGGAAGCCUCGGAAACCCCCUCCAAAAGCCCAAUCACAUCUUCACCGGACGAUACCACACUAACGCUGAUCUCCGGUAUCCCUCCGCACCGCGUAUACACGCAUCCGGAUGAGCAACUUUACAUGCUGGAACAGGGACUCCGAGAAGAUGACCUGAAGCCAGAGCGACUUUUCGUGAUCCCCACUGCACAAGGUCAGGCGUGGAGUCUGCGUCGUAUUGCGGCUGUCUUUGAUGCGAUGUCGGACGUUCAGGCGGAUGAGACCGCCGGGGAUGGGAACACCGCUAAGGCAGAGCAAUUGGUGAAGUACUACGAGAGGAGGGAGAAGGCCCGCAAGACGACGGAAUGGGGUGGGAAGAGAGUCUUGUUAGCCAUGGUGGAUAAAGGUAUGGGUGGAGAGGGAACGGUGGUUUAUUAUGUUGUGCAAGAAGGCGAGGUCAAGCCGCGACAGAACUAA